AAUGUCAUAUUGAUAAAGUCAGGCAGUUUCUAAAGCAUAUAAACGUUGCGAAAUAUACUGGUCUGGACAAUCUUCCGUGUAAACUACUACUAAUUGCAGCCGAUAUUUUAGCACCUUCCUUAACAAAACUAUUCAACAAAUCACUAUCCACGGGCAUCUAUCCUAGUGAUUGGAAAUUGGCCAGGGUUGUUCCUAUAUUUAAAAAUGGUGACAGAUCAGAUUUGAAUAAUUAUCGUCCAAUCUCCAUAAUCUCAAGUGUUGCAAAAGUUUUCGAAAAAAUCGUAUAUGAUCAAUUUUACGAGUACUUGUCAGUGAAUGAUCUAUUCUCGCAUCAACAAUCGGGAUUUCGACCUACUUACAGCACCGUAACGGCUCUACUCGAAUCGACAAAUGACUGGUGCGUAAAUAUCGAUAAUGGUCUG